UGCAUCGAUGGAGUACUACCUCGCACGAUUUUAGUUUAAUCCAACCUUCGCCUGAAUUGAUUUUACUAGCAUAAACUAUGGAACAGUGAAAGAACGGACAAACUAGGAUCUAAAUCGAAUAACGUUAUAAUCAUAUUCACAGGGAAAGCAGGUGAACAGCUAUUACAGGUUUAAUUGCACAUUGUCAUUCGAAUAUGGACAGAUGAUAUAACCAUGACCGAUGCCAUGUUUGACGACUUCUCCAACGCAAGUGCGCCUCCGCAGUAUUCUAGCGUCUCUUCCAGUUAUCACCCACCUUUAGAUCCUACAGCCCCUCCACCUACAUACGAUGAUUUGUUUGGAGAGAAGCCGGUAUCGCAGGAGGUACAUUCCGAGACAACACUCCUGCAAGUACCCUCUAACCCAUCUACGGCCGCCGAAAUUCCUGACCCACACCCAGUCACAGACUUGAAUCCGGUCGAGAAUGAGGAUGUUGGUGACUGUCGAUUCAACGGUCCUAUUUCGUUUUUGCGGAAUGUCGCAUUUCUGUGUCUUGCAAUCUGUGUGAUCGUGGUCCCGUUUACUGCAAUAUUUUUGCCAAUAAUGUUGUUGGCUUUCGGAGGUGUUUAUUUCCACGAAUGUCCGGGCGAGAGGAGGUUGCCCGUCUCCCUUCUGGUCGGUGGUGUACUGGCGUUGUUGAAGGCCGUGUCCUUUGUCGCACAGCUGUGCAUGUCAAGUAAAGAACGGAAAUACGAAAGAAUGUGCUUCCUCAACCCUUUUGAUGUAUUUGUGAACCUUGCCAUACUAGGAGAUUUUAUUGCCUGUAACCUGUACGUGUAUGGAUAUCACGGGCAAUUGGACCGCAUCCUGAUCAAACCCGGCAACUGUCACUCCGAUCUGUUCUAUUUCUCCUACUCUCUGAUUAUCUUCCUGUACAUCUUCGCUGGUCUACUGAUUAUUGCGACCGUGUACGUCGUCAAGGUGAAACAAAAGUCCGCAAAUGAUAACACUGACAGAGGAAUCAGUAUUGUGUAAAGUCCAGUUUGUUUCGUGAACGCUUGUAAAUUUGAGCAAAGCGUUUUGUACAUAGAUGGAGAACACUUGAGCAACAGUCAGUCAGUUAGUUAACCCGGAUGCAUAUUCUUGCAUUAAAUAUAAAUAUACAUAAGCAAGACGCCCUGCUCCUCAUUCUGUAUGUAUUUUAAGUUUAACUUCGAUCUCAUCCAUGUGCAUAGCUUGACAAUCAGAUGGGCUUAAGCUUUAUAACCAAAUAGAUAAUAUUACAAUGCAACUACAUUUGAGACGUAUGCACCUUCAGAUGGAUUUGUUUAGCAUGUUCUGCAGAGUAAAAGGUCAGAAUUACCGAGGAACAUUUCGAGUCAAUACCGCUGCAAGGGCCUUAAAUGACAGAUAACAUAUACGCUUUACUCGCUCAUGGCAUCGCUGCUGUAGACACCUAGAGUACAUAGAACAAGUCGAUCAUAACUUUUACUGUCAAAAAUGUACAACUGGUAUUUAUCACAGAGACUACAUCUAUUGGUCGUGAUUUAAUAUAUGCAGACUAUGUGGUGAAGUUGAUCAUCUCGCUGUUGCACGUGAAUGGAUAGAGCUGGCAUGUGCAAAAGAAUCCAGUGUAAUGAAACGUGUUGAAAAAGUCAAGGUCGAACUGAGAUAUCCAAUAAACUCACCAAGCACCUAUUCUUUCAAUGCAUUAUUUGUCAUUUUAAGAAACUUGUGACAUCUUGAAGACCAAUUCUUUGGGACAAUUUCAAUGCCAGUUGGAAGAAACUUUCGGGUCCAAAGUAAAUACAUUUAUUUCGUUAUAUUGGUGGGGGGACGGAAGGGGGGACUUGGCCACCUGCACUUUUUAACAAAAUAAAGCCUAAUUUUGAACAUUGUAUUAUGAUGCUUUAACCUAUUCUUUUGAAUAUUACAUUAUUUGCUUAUGCACUCUUUUCAUUUUAAAGCAUGUGUUAUAAUCUUGUUGUGUUUUUGCAAGUCAAUAACUACCUUCAUUCACUUCCCACUAUUUUAAAUAAAUGGUGAAAAGGA